UCGUUCCUUCUCUGCAAACAUUUUCGAAAACGACUAAAAACGAAGGAGAUACCAUAUGGAAUGGAGUUGGUAACGAGAGGUAUGAAAAAAAAUUUCUCAAAAAAUAUUGAAAAUUGAUCUCAUAUUGUAGAGCACAACGAACUCGUUCCAUCUGUGCAAAAAAAAAUCGAAUUAGAAUGAAGAAGAUAUGAUCUGAUUAAGAAAAAUAGGAGAAAUAAAAUGUCUUUCAUUUACAACCCUUAGAUCUGCAUCCACUUAAAAAAUGAGUUCAGAUUUAAUUACUCAUAUUAAAAACCCUAAAAUUAUGCAUUCUAUCUUGAGCCCAGAAAUAAAUAGCCUUCCAACCCUUAAUCCUGGCCACUAUCCUUUUUUAUAAAUUGUGAUUACCAUAAAAUUCACUUAAUUUAGUCAAAAGUCCAAGUAUUCGAUAACGGGUAGCUGUGUUUGGUUUUGACUAAAAGCGGAACAUAAGUAAAUUUAAAAAUAUGACAUGAAACUAACUCAAAUUCGUAUGUUCAUCAAUCUUAGUUAGGAUGAUCAUUCUUAUGUCCAAGACAAAUAUCUGGGAUUACCUAUCCUGAUAGUCCAAUAAAAAAUGACUACGUUUCGAUAUUUGGAGGCGCAUCCUAAACGAUCCUACCUCUCUUAUUGCUCAAGUUUAUAAAGGAAAAUAUUUUCCAACGGGAAGCUUCCUCGAUGCUACUGCACGUUCUCACCCAUCUUGGGGCUGGCAAAGCAUCAUGUUCGGUUGGCAACUAUUGGUGCAGGGGCUACGUUGGCAAAUUGGGAAUGAGAGGUCAACUCUGUUGCUUCAUAACAAUUGGGUGCCCCGACUUCAUCCUUUAGCGCCCUACUCAUAAUCCCCAGGUCUUGUCAGAAGCUGGUGAACUUUCCAUUGCAGAACUUAUUUUCCAAGGGGAAGGACGAUGGUGUGACUAAAAACUAAGUCAGUCCUUUGACCCUCCUACUUGUCGUGGGAUCAAAGAAAUACCUCUUCUUAGACAUAAUGUCGAGGAUCGAUUAGUUUGGCAUGAUAUGUCGGACGGGUCUUUCACUGUUAAAUCAGUUUACCACUUGGCAUUUUUGUUGGAUCGACCGAAGGGUCGAUGGUGAUCCACGACUAGUUGGAUGGAUAGGGCCAGCUGGAUUUGACUUUGGGACGCUGAUGUUCCCCCUAAGUUAAAAGUGUUCAUUUGGCAAAUUUUCAACCGUCUUCUUCCUACGACGGAGGGAUCUCAUUGAUAAGGAUGUCCAAGUCCAUCCAAGUUGCCCAGUUUGUUGGGCGUAAUCGGAAACUAUGGAGCAUUUGUUUCUUUAUUGCCCAGUGGCUAGGGCCUUGCGGGAUUAUGCGGGGCUUGAAUAUCUUGUCCAAGGAUGCCUUGUCUCACUUUCCCGCUGUUCUUGAAAAAGUUGCUGAUACAUCAACCUUAGCUGUUUAUGGCGGUUACUACAAUCCUUUGGAGGAGCUGACGAUCAAGAAACUGGGUUGUCUUUGAGGGCAAAUAGUUUGGGAUCCCAGCAUGAAUGCGGCAGUUUCACCAACAGUAUCAGGAGUAAGUCAUUCUGCCUGUUGAUAGGGCCAAGUUGUUGCCCGUCCUCCUCGUAGGUGUUGCCCGUCCUCCUCGUACAACUAUUGAGGGUUGUUCACCCUAGUCUAUUUGUCUGCAAGUGGGAUGGGGCAACCAAACUUGAGUCCCAUUCAGAAGGAGGGAUGAUCAUCAUGAAUCAAGCUGGGGAGGUGCUCUUGGCUCAAGGGGUACAGUUUGUUGGGAUUGAUGAUCCUUUGAUUGCUGAGAUGCUCACCCUCCGAGAGGCUAUUUGUUGGUGCCUAGCGUCUGUUUUUAUGGAAGUGAGAUUGGAAGGUGACGCCAAGGUGGUUAUUGAUAAAAUCAAUCGGUCGGAUACUACGGAUAGCCAGAUUAGGGCCUUCUCAUGGAAGUUGUGCAAUGUUUAGCGAUAUAUAGUGGGCUUAAUGUGCAAUUUGUAGGUCGGUGUAGUAAUGUAAAACUAAAUGGGGAAAAAACUGAUUUGAUCUUAUUGAAUGGGAAAAACAAUCAUAAAUACAAUUUGUAAGCUGCAAACCCGUCUCAACUUUCUAACCACUAACCCACGUCCUACAUAUCAGCAACCCCUUCUAACUACUUUUGGCUACUGCCACUACACAACUGCCUUCUUUGUAGCCAAGAUUUCUCAACAUAAAGGCCUUAAAACAUUAAAGUCGCCAACUUAUUCCAACAUAGCCUCCCCUAAAAUGAAGCAUAUUAAUGAUUCGGUUUACUCAAAAGCAGCAGUAGCAGCUCUGCAAUCCAUGACAAACUCAAAUGCUUGCAGCAACAAUUUUUGAAACUUCACACACUCCAUGCACUCCACUCACACGAAACAUCAUCAUCUUCAUAGAUUUACUCAUCACAUUACUCAAUUGAUCUUCUAUUUCAGGACAUUCCAACACCAUAACCUCUUCAUUGAUAAGAACACUAGGGCUGUGAACAUCUUGAUGCUUGAUUUGUUGUCAUAACGUGUUCUUGUGCCUUCAAGCCAAUUUCUUUUCCAAAACACUUGCUUUAAAGAAACCCAUCUCAGACAUCACUAUGAGCUUCAACUUUCUGCAACAUCAGUACAUCACCAUUCAACACACAUUAACAACAACUUAACUCUUUAAAUCAAUUGCAACCACAGGUUUUUCAGCCACUUGAGAGUUUGCGGCAAUGGUAUCAAUCAACUAAAUCAUUUGAUGCUUGCCUCCAACGAGAUUGGCUUUAGUUCAGUUCACUUUCUUCUGUCUUUUUCCUGGCAAGACAUGCUCAACUGUUUUCAUUUCUGGUUUCUUCACUGUACUCUCUAGACCUGUCCUCUCAGAACUCUUCUUCUAUGUCAUCUUCCAACAAGCGAGAGUUGCAACUCAAAGAGUUAUUUGCAGGCUCUCAAAUUGUUAUUUGUUGCAUGACAUAACAACCAAGUACUUCUAACAAGUCAUCCUCCCACCGAAUAAGGACCAGCCACUCCGCUGCCUACUCGUCGAAUGACAAUGAAACCAAACCUGCUUCACUCAAAGGUUACACCACCUACUUCACUCGUAGGUAUGUCUAGCUGACACUGACACCCAACCUGCUUCACUCACAGGUUACACCACCUACUUCACUCGUAGGUAAGUCUAGCUGACAUUUCCUUAAACAGUUCCUCAAGCAUCCUUGCAUAACCAUGGAUUCCCUCAAUCCAAUUAUCAUUUAUCAUCAUCUACUUCUCUGAAAGUCUCCAAUUGAACUAAUGCUACAAUCUCACUCACUACCAUCAUAAUGUAGCUUGGCAGCAUAAAAAAAUGUAUACUCUACCCAUCAUGCAAUCACAAAGCUGUCAUGAGCAUAACAAACAGAAGACAAACGU